AUGAAUUAUGUUCAGCAACCUUCACAGCAUCCCAAUCAACAGCAAUCUAGCUCUCAAGCACAUUCGCUGAACCCACAACAAUUAUUUAAAAACUCCUACUCAGGAAACCAACAGGGCCAACGACCUCAACAAGGUGUAGUAAACCUGCAUUUGGUAAGCCCACCAAUAACACAAACUCAAUUACAACAAAUACCUAGUCGAUCUCGUAAUGACUCGUUUUUGUUACCACCACCAAUAACUUCACAAAUGAGACAUAAUCCAGACCAAGCUUAUGAAACAACUUCUGGUAGUAUUCUUACGUCCACGUCUAACCCUUUAGUUUCAAGAUCAAAUAGUAUAUUCAGCUCGUUGAUCAACAUUCCCGGCUCAUCAGGCAACUCAGUGAGCGAUCCGUCUUCAUCAUCAGCAACGGGUUUCAAACCUGUAACAUUGUCGUCGUCCUCAAUCACAACUGCACCAAACUUGCCACUUCCGUCUAGAUCGCGCCAAUUGUCCUUGGCACCUAAUCAAGAGUUUACAAUUGAAGAUUUGGAGAACUUGUUUGGUAGCAAUAAGGAAAGCAUGGCCAAUCUCUUUGGAUGGCAACAAAAUGACUCAAAGCUUUCUCUUAGUAGCGGUAGUGGUAGCGGUAGUGGUAAUGGUAGUGGUAAUGGUAGUGGUAAUGGUAGUGGUAAUGGUAGUGGUAGUGGUAGUGGUAGUGGUAGUGGUACCAGUGGUGUUUCAAGCGCAGGUGUUACAGCAGAAGCCGCCAGUAGGACAAAUCCAAAGUCCAAAACUGGAUCUGUCGAUUUGUCAUCGUGGGUAGAAAAUUCACAAGCAGGGGCCGCGGAAUUCAAUAACAGUAUCACAGAAAUAAUCCAAAGUAUGAUAUCAAACGGAUCGCUAGAUUUCUCGAAUAUGAAUAAUCAAGAACGUCGAGACUCCAUUUUGAGGAUUAUCAACGACCAAACCAGUUUGAGAAAUCAGAGCAAGUCAAAUGCAAGUACAAGUACAGGUGCAACCUUGCGACAAGAUAUAUUUGAUAAAAAUAGAAAGGAGGUAAAAAUGAGUAGCGGCAACAUUUCGAAUGAUCCGAAACAUCACUUGCUGGAGCAGCCUACUACUCUGCAACUGUUGUUAAAGACAGAUCAAAAACCAAGUCAAAAUCAAACGUCUCCCGCUUUAUCAUCUUUGUCAUCAAAAGCUUCAAGAUCAAAUGAUGAACCACAAUCACCAAAAACAUCACCUACGUUUACCGACGCCCGGAUAAACGACCCAUAUAAUCCAAACAUCUACAACAGCAACAACAUCAAUAGCAGCAGCAGCAACAACAACAACAACAACAACAACAACAAUAGCAGCUUGUUGUUGUUGUUGUUGUUGUUGUUGUUGUUGUUGUUGUUGUUGUUGUUGUUGAGCAAUAACAACAGCAAUAACCAACGAGCUGGAAUCAAUAUACUGCCUCAGAAAACGUUUCAAGGUAGCGUCACCCCAAUUUCUCCGCUGAAUCAGUAUCAAUUUUCAUCGUACUCAAAUUACAAUAAUCAGCUUGGAUAUACGGGUAUGCCACCGUCUGUGAAUCGACAAACUGGUUACGUUGGAAACUAUUCGUAUCCUAUGCCACCUCAACCUCAACAAAUGUUUCCACAGCAAGUCCGCCCAGGAUUGCAACAACAGCAAUACAACCAACAGCAAUACAACCAUGUUGUUGUUGUUGUUGUUGUUGUUGUUGUUGUUGUUGUUGUUGUUGUUGUUGAACAACAACAACAGCAGCAGCAGCAACAACAACAACAACAACAACAACAGCAGCAGCAGCAGCAGCAACAACAACAGCAGCAACAGCAGCAACAACAACAACAACCACCUUUGCCAUCUCAACAGCAACAACAACAGCCGCAACAGCUGCAACCACAGCACCCACAGCACCCACAACACCCACAACACCCGCAACAGCAAGAACUGUACCAACCUUUGUAUUUCCAACAAGGGAUGCCUCCGAACCAGCAACAAUAUUAUCAACAAACGCAACUUCCACCACAACAACAGUUCCCGCCUGGUUCUAGGCAUGGCCAUGGACAUAUACAGCAAGAAAUGUCACUUUUACCCAGCUCCGCUAAUCAAUCGAAAAGACAAGCAACAAAGCGCUCGCGUAGACUGAAAGAAGCCCUAUCCAAGGAAAUAUUUGGAGCAAGCGACAAUCCAAACUUAGUGCCCGCACAACAAAUAGCCAAAUCUGAGGAUGGUAGACCGCUUCUUGGUGCAACAAAAAUCGACCAACUAAUGUUGAUAAUACAAGCUAGAGAAAAAGGGGUGACGAAACCUAUUGAGCAAGGACCAGAUGGAAGUAUACUAGCCUCCCCUAAUAGCUACGCGACUGGUCAGAGUGUCAAUGGAGAUGGAGGUAUUUUACCAAGGCCAGUUAGUCUUGUUGGUGGAGUAGAGAAACCGCACAAGCUGAAACGUGAUAGCGAAGGGGAUGGUGAUAAUGAAUACAGCACCUCGAAACGUAAGAAGGCUAAGAAUCAACAAUGUCCGUAUUGCCUCAAAUUUUUCACACAGUCUACUCACUUGGAGGUCCACAUUAGGUCGCAUAUUGGGUACAAACCUUUUGAAUGUUCCUAUUGUCACAAGAAGUUUACACAAGGCGGUAAUUUGAGAACACACUUGCGGCUUCACACGGGAGAAAAGCCAUUUACUUGUUUUAUUUGUAACAGAUCAUUUAAUCGAAAGGGAAAUUUGGAGGCGCACAAACUAACUCAUGAGAAUGUAAAGCCUUACGAGUGUCGCUUGGAUAACUGCGAUAAGUCUUUUACUCAGCUAGGAAACUUAAAGUCUCAUCAAAAUAGGUUCCACUUAGAGAGUCUUAAUACAUUAACGCACAAGUUGGCCGAACUCAGUGGACCGGCUAUCAACAGCUUGCCACCAGAUGAAAAGGAGUUGUUGAUUUAUUUCAAGGAGUUGUACAAGAAUUCAAAUAAAGGUAUUAGAGGAAGAGGCAAGCAGCAGAAGCUUAUGGGUAAGGUAGAAAAUGUUGGUGCCUCGGGAGCAGCACAAACUUCCUCAGAUGUGCGUUCUUCUGGUCAACAAUCUUCAACAAUGCCCUUUUGA